CUGCCACGAAGAACAAUUUAAGUAUAUAUAUGUACUCUCGAAGCCGAUUAAUUGCCAGAAUGAUGAGCUCAAGCGCUACUAAAAGGACACACAUUGACGGCGUCAUAAGUACUACAAUGUCUACCAUGCAAGUUAAAAAACUGUCAGACGAUGCCACUAUCCCUGUAAAGGGUUCUGCGUUGGCUGCGGGAUUUGACCUGUUUAGUGCGCAUGAUGGUGUCAUCCCCGCUCAAGGCAAAGCUAUCAUGAAGACAGACAUCUCCAUCGCUAUCCCUGCCGGCUGCUAUGGGCGAGUUGCUCCACGCUCGGGCUUGUCGUGGAAACAUCACAUUGAUGUUGGGGCCGGUGUCAUUGACGGCGACUACAGGGGGAAUGUGGGUGUAGUUCUGUUCAACCACGCUCAAACCGACUACAACGUGGCCAAGGGAGAUCGCGUUGCGCAGCUGAUCCUGGAGAAGUACGUCGUGGCCGAGAUUGAGGAAGUUCAGGAGCUAGACGAGACGGUACGCGGCGCUGGUGGGUUUGGAUCCACUGGAAAGAACUAAACACACCUCGUAUAUGUGAGACCACACUCAACAAACACCGAUAUACAGCCGGGAGGUUGACGAAUAUAGAUACUGAAUCAGUAUAAAAUAAAAUAAAUUCUACCUGUC